AUAGCCGCGCUCAUAUAGAUUCCAGCUAGCUGUACGUACGCGAAUAGUGCCUAAUGCUGUGGAUCGUGGAAAACAAAAAUACUACAAGAAGAGUCGAAGCUCCAUCAGCUGUAUUCUACCUUACAAACUUAUUGGUGUGAUUUUACUGUAGCUGUCUAACAUGCUUCACGGAAUUUUGUUAAACCGAAGCAAUUAUUAGGCCAAAUUUAAGGUGAAAUCUUGAUCGGAAUAAUACCUUGUCGUGGACUUUAUCAGUAGUGGGCUGACUACUCCCCGCAGUGCGACGGUGUGAUAAUUCCAUGCCGGACCAGUGGACAAGGGCUGCCCAGUGCUGGAGGAGGUGACCGAUCACACGGCACCGCAUCUAGAGUGGUUUCUCUACAGAGAGUCAAGCUAGGCAAAAAUGGCGAAGAUACUGUAUUUCGUUGUCACUGUGGCAGUGAUACAGUGCAUAGGAUCGUUGCAAGGUGAGGCAAAUUCUAAAUUCACCAAGCAUCGCCAUCGGAGAGAAGCCACCAUCGAAGACAUCCAAUGGGAUGCCCUCAACUACACAUUCUACGCAAAUCCAGAUGUAUUUUUAUUAAAAGACAACAGCAUUGCCAAUUCACAGAGCCAAUCUAUCAGCAACCACACCCAUUGGGACAGUUUGUUUGCGGAACAGGUCAUAGGGACCCCUGAUGUCCGAAGAACAUUGUUCAAAGCCGGGAGCGGUCCAUUUUGGGUUCAGAAAGAACUCUUUCCGACCCUGCCGGAGCCGUUCAACGAAAUGAGCAUUCAGGCCCAUCUAUUACAGCAAGAAAUCCCUCCAUUUGCAAGCAGCAUUAGUGUCUUAUUUAGCUCUAGGAAUGACAAUUUAUUUAGCAGCAGCGGCGGCAGGACAAAUCGAGGGAAUUCAAGAAAUGUCCAGCCUUGCUUCAGAGCUGCUGCGCUGUUCGGUGACGAAGAAUCUGUAGGCUCAUGCACUCUGCAGGGAGAAUCGGAGCAUUGUGUCGCCAAGGUGCCCAUCCCUAUGUCAUGGCAUGAACGCAGCCGAACGGGUUCAGUCAACGACAUUGCCAUCUCCUACGUGGUGUUCCCAGCGACGAGCGUGGGCUCUUGUGAACCUCAGGCGGAUAACUCCAUCUCGUCGAGAGAAAGGACUCCCAAAGCAGCGGGACUGCCCUCUAUGGUUGACUCGCAAGAGGUUGGCAGAGUGACCAUCCUGUCCUGGGAAGGCCAGAUGGACCUGAUAGAAGAGGACCAGUACGUAGGACUCCAUGUUCCUAGCAGAAGAUUAGGAAUCGGUGAGCACUUCGUCAUCCCGAUCACCAUCAACAAGAAAUAUAUGUACACUGACGGAGUAUGUACAAUCAAAGCUAAAGCUAGAGAGGGCAUUGCUGCAGUAUCAGUGAGGUCUACCGAUCAGGAAGAGUGGAACACGCUGUCUAUGGUCAAGCAGGAAUCUUUCGCCAUGGUAACGGCCGAGGGUUUGAGAUCCGCUGCAGAUGCCUCCACCACUGACAGCCCUGAGGAGAACCCUCUAGUGUUUGUGAUGGAGUUUGAAGUGCUGAACGACACGGACGCGGCCACGAACCCGGCCACGCACCUUGUCAUCAACUGGAGAGUGGACUGUAGUCUCCGUGGCGAUGCAAGAGCUUCCCGCUUCAGCACCGACAUCACUAUAUCGGACAACUGGAUACAAGCUAUUGUGCCUGUUUCAAAGGGGAGGAGUAUCAUGAACACUGCCUUCCUCACAGGUCAAGAGGUCACAAUGACCCUUGACAUCGGGGUCGUGACCUUUCUGGGUGAUGUGAUGGAUGCUGCAGGCCUUGCCAGAUGUCGAAGUACAGACACAGAUAUCCUCAAGGUCCGUCGAAGCUGCGCCAAUGUGUACGUAGAUGGCACAGAGACCUCUGGUUCAGAGAGCACCAGUGUUCAUGUCAGCCUGCAGGAUCACGAAGCGACCAUCAUGUUCAGCGUCUGGGUCCCAGAACUACCCAUUAGAUUGGACAUCUCUGACAGCAAGCUUAGCACCAUCAGAGGAUGGAAAGUUGCGGGAGGCAGACAGGAUGGAGGGAUUCUGGAGCCAGAGCAGAUGCUGAAUGGAGAUGGGGAGACCAGUAAGAAGAACGCCUGUCAUCUCAGAUACCAACAAGCCAAGAUAGCCAUCUAUACCAGGUUCUAUGCACCCAAUGCAAACUCAAUGUCCCGACCUGACGGCAAGAGGAUUUACCUAUUUGGGGAAGAAAUGGAACAGUCCAUUACCAACCUAGUGAAGAAUCAAAUCACCGUGGUGGAUCGCUCCAUUGCUAGAUUAGAGGGGACCAAGAUCAUUGCAAAGUCUCCGGGAAAUACACAUAUUCAGGUGACGAACCCAAGAACGAAAGAGGUCCUUGGUGAAUCUCCUCUGAUGGUGGCAGCAGACAAGGUCAACAUCGCCAACAUGCAGGUCACCCUGGUAUCUGGUAUGGCCCUUGCAGUUCACGAUGUCAUAGGUCAAGGGUCAAAUGUAAAAAUGGCAAGCAUCACUGCACUGAGUGACCUCUUUGUUGAACACCAGGAAGCUGUGCUGGAUGCGAUGAUGAUCUUUGACGAUGGAACAAGCCUUGCUCUUCAGGAUGUUGAUGUUAAUGAUUAUACCGUUGCUUUGACAACCCUAGAUCCGCAGAUCAUCCUAGAAAGCCCAGAUUCCAUGCAGGCAUAUCCUGGUUUAAUCGCCAUGGGAGAGGGCAGCACAUCCAUCAUGCUAGAGGUUUCUCUGCCGAAGCCUUGCAUGAAGCGCCGUCGUAGCAACGCCAUCGUUUACGACCUCAUCCCUGUCAAUGUGACCUUCAAUAAUCCCAAGUACGCAGGUCUGAUUAAUACCGAUCCUGCCUCUUUGCCAUCCGGCACCGGCAGCCUUUGGAGGAGUCUAACCAGAGCGCCGGGUAUGGUGGAUUAUGGGAUUGUAAGGGUGAACUUUGACCUUGUGGAUAUCAACAAUGGGAAGAAAGAUUCAAGCGUGAUAUCUUCAAUUCCGCUGGACAUUGAUUUCAAUAAUAUAUAUCCUAUGGGACAGGGCGGACAUCGAAACGACAAGGCAGAGGCCUCGACAGAAGCUCCACUUGAUGGAGGAAAUGAUGGCGGGUUGAGCGAUGACAGUGAUCCGUUGUCAGGCAUAGAGAUCGGGAUGUAUGUGCUGCUAAGUGUGUUUAGUUUAGCUAUUCUCGCCUUCAUGGUGAACUGUGUGAUGUUCAUGGCAAGGUACCGCAGGGCUAAGAGGAUGCCGAAGACACAUCAGCCGGUUCCGUACCCUCAGAACUGGGUCAUGUUUGGCAUGCAGGAAGAACACCCUCGCUACCCCAUGGACCCUGCUGAGAACAUCCCUCUAAGACACAAGGACGAAGAGGAAGGAAGCAGCCGCGAUGAAGCCAUCGGCACAGAGAGCGAGGUCAGCAUUGAGAGACACAGCUCGGAGGAAGGCCACAGGUUACGCAGCCGCGGCACGGAGGAGACGUCGCUGAUGCAAGUCCCGCGGGAACAUCGCGCCAGCAGCGAGUCGCAGGAUGUGGAUUGCGGUGUGGUGAUGGAUGGUGAUGAUAAUGAGGAAGAUUCAUUGGAGGGGCUCGAAGAGGCAUCUCAAAAUGCAGGGGAGUCUUCAAAAGAAGAAUCCACUUCAGCAAGUAGUGAAAAUACCAAUACCAGUGAUGAUACAAACACAGUCGCUGCAAAUGCAUUCGAAAAUAAUUUAGAACCCAUGCCAAGGGACACUUCGCCGCCGUUAAACACCAACCAGUCGAACAGUUCUUGUGAUGUGAGAAUAACUCUGAACCCAUCGGAUGACAGCAUGCAGCUCAAAUCCGGAUUAGAAGGGAUGGAAAUUAGUCAGAUCUUAAAUUAUCUUGAUAACUUGAAAGAGAGUUGCACGUAGCACUUGUGUUAAUGGUAAUGUCGCGUUAGCUGAAAGCAAUGAUCCAUACAUCCUUGUCAUUUCUCAAAGCAACAAACACCUAAAA